CGAUAUCCGUACAACAGAUAGACAUCACGUGCAGGUAUUCCGAUCAGUUUCCAGUCCCUAGUACAGCUCCUUCCUCGCCGUCUUUCACUGUUUCGACAUGGAUGGAGAGAUUACUUUGGAAGCGACAGCCAUAUCCCGAUAAUCAUGUCCCAGUGACAUUCCUGUCAUCGUUGAGGAGGAAUCCUAGCUUCAAGCCGUAUACCUACUGGCCAUUAGUGUUCAGCGCCUGUGCUAUUGCACAACAUCUUUCGGCCAUCUUUAUUUUUCUUGCCAUCUUCGUACGCCUUCUAGGCCAAACUUUUGACCCCAGACUUCUGGUCGUAUUAUCACUGGCGAUGUUCGUAACGGGCUGUGUGGUCUGGGAGUUGCUCGACUACUCGUGGGGCGAAAACAAUCAAGGAGCAACUGACCGUCGAGCGAAGACGUUGAAGGCUGCUAUUCUCGUCUUCCUUGCCCUGAUGGCUCUUUCUCCCAUUCUUCGAACGUUGACUGCAUCCACAUCUUCGGACUCGAUUUGGGCACUAUCUGCAUGCCUCUUCUUGUUGAAUGCUGCGCUCGCUGACUAUAGAUCAGUCAGAUUGAGUGGGCAAGUCCGUGAAGAACUGACGUCCAUCUUGUCGAUGAAUGCCGCGGUGUCUGCGGCGGUCGUAUUGGCAUCGCGAUUGCGAGACGAUCUAUCUGUCUUUGCUCUAACUCUAUUCUCGGUGCAGUUGUUCGCCCUAUUCCCGAUUUUGCGUCAUAGUCUCCAGGCCGCUCCCUCAAUUGUACAAGUGGGACUGACCGUAGCCCUAUCAUUACUAUCGUUGGGUCUGAUGGUGACCCUGUCCACAACUACGACAUCGAUAGCUCUGGGUAUAUUGAUCUCCACGACUUUCGGUGCACCUGCGGCACUUGUGUGGGCGCAAAGGUACAAAAACGAACUCAGAGGGCCAUGGGACGUAGCAACUCCUGAGAUUAACUGAACGACGUAGCUGGGGUAGGGGAGUAGCACACAACAGUACAUAGUUGCACUCGAUUGGGCCUCAUCGGGGCCGAUAAGCCGCGGCCCGCUCUGCCGGGCUGCCUGCCAGGGAUCGAGAGGACAAAUACGGAAUGCUGAAAGAACAAAAUGCUUCCGCUUCUGCUCAAGUUGGUCGCAUGAUCAAAAAUAUUCCAAUGGAAAACCUCAGAACCCUUGGCAAAGUAGUGCCGUGUUUUGAUCCGUACAUCUGGAUGGAACGUGCUGGAGCGCCCGGUGCUGCGUGCUGCGGUAGCGAAUCGACUCCACGGGGCUGCUAACCGCC